ACCCUCACCGACCCUCUCGAGGCCUCAGUUUACUCAUCUGCAACAGGCCGGGCGGGCGACAGAGGAGAGGAUGUGGCGGGUCCAGAUCCAGAGUCUGGGAAAAGUUCCCAGGGGGCCGCGCCCUGCGGGACGGGAGGUUCCUCCCCGAGCCUCAGUUUCCUCCGGAGUAAAGUGGGAGCACGGGGGAUGCGCGCGGCUCCUCCCAGCCCCGAGCGCCCUCUGGUCUCGGCUCUCCGGGGCCGCCAAGGCCCCGCCCCCACUCCGCGCGCCGCGGGGGUCCCCCCCCCCGCCCGUGCCAUCCCCCACCCCCGGGCCCGGGAGGCGGCCGCCCCUCGGAGCUCCCCUUCCGGGUUGGGGCGGCCCCGGCGGCGCUGGGGGGCGGGGGUGGGCAGUGCCGAGGGGGCCGUCCCCCCGCCCGUCCCCUCCCCCCGGAGCUGCCCGCCCCCUCCGGGCUCCGGGGGGCUGGGAAGAUGAAAUCGGGCCACGUCCGGGGGAGAGGAAGGGGCUGAGGCUGCGAGCGAGGCGGGGAGCCAGGCCGGCGGCGAAGGGAGGCUGGGCAGGAGGGCAGCGGGGCCGCGCGGCCGGAGGACGCUCGCUCUGCCUCCCGCGCCCCCCCCCCGACGCCCCCCGCGCGGGCACGGCCACGGGCACCAUGAGGAGCGGGCGGCGGCGGCCCGGCCCGGGGGCGGCCGCGCGCCGCUGGGCGCUGCUCUGCCUCUGCGCCCUGCUCCCCGGGGGCCACGGCACCUCCUGGAGCUUCGGGGGAGCCGCCCAGCUCUCGCGCCGCAGAAACUGGUGCUCCUACAUAGUGACCCGGACCGUGUCCUGCCACGUCCAGAAUGGCACCUACCUACAGAGAGUCCUGCAGAGCUGCCGGUGGCCCAUGAGCUGCCCUGGGAACAGCUACAGAACAGUGGCGAGACCCACGUACAAGGUGGUGUAUAAGACGGUGACCUCUGUGGAGUGGAAGUGCUGUCCGGGUCAUUCGGGGACCAACUGCGAAGAAGAUGGCCUCAGUUCCCUGGAGCCCGCAUGGCACGGCCCUUCCUUGCGCCGAAUGGCCCUUCAGCCCACGGUAUCUUCAGGUUGUUUAAACUGCAGCAAGGUGGCCGAGCUGGCCGAGCGGCUGAAGGUGCUGGAGGACAAGGUGUCGGUGCUGGCAGUAACUGAGCAGGCGGCAUCCCUGCCCCUUGGCGCUCCACGGGAGGCCAAAGGGGGGGACGGGGAGCCGGCCCCGCUGUGGGGGCUGCCAGCUGCCCAGGGGAGCCCUGGAGACGAAGAAGCCAGAGGGCCUCCUGGAGCUGGAGAACGACGCAGGGGGACCGUGCUCACCCAGGAUGGCCGAGGAGGUGUUCCUGGGCCCCCGGGGCCUUCUGGCCCCAAAGGAGACACAGGAAGCCGGGGUCCAUCUGGAGUGCCUGGGCUGAAGGGCCCAGCUGGGCCACCAGGGCCCCAAGGGCCACCCGGCAGCCCAGGUCGGGAUGGAGCUAAGGGAGAGAGGGGCCCCCCAGGACCUCCUGGACCCCCAGCGCCGACUGGACCCUCCACAGCCCAGAUCUCUGAACAGGGAGAUCCACUGCUCUCCAACACCUUCACCGAAACCGGGGGCCUCGGGAUGCAGGGGCCUGUUGGCCCCCCGGGCCCCAUGGGCCCCAUGGGUCCCCCAGGCCCCCCAGGCCCCGUGGGUAGCCCAGGCACACCUGGCCACAAGGGUUCACCGGGCCCAGCUGGAGCUGAUGGAACCAACGGCCUCCCGGGGGAGAAGGGUGAGCGAGGUUCCCAGGGGGAGCCGGGCCCCAGAGGCCUAGCAGGAGAACGGGGUGAACCGGGCCCCAAAGGUGACCCCGGAGAGAAGGGCCACUGGGCCAUUAGCUUACAAACCUUCCUACAGCAUCAGCAGGCUCAGCUGGAGCUCCUGGCCAGACGGGUCACCCUGCUGGAAGCCAUCAUCUGGCCAGAACCAGACCUUGGCUCGGGGGCAGGGCCCCCCAUCGCUGGAGCCGGCGGCUUUCCUCGAGGCAAACGGGCGGGAGGAGCGGCUGCCUACCGCAUCGUCUCCCGCCUCCUGGCCCAGGGGGGCGAGGACCGGAAGGACUGAGCCCGCUCUGCUUGGGCGGGACCCCUCCCCCCAUGGACUUCUUCCAGGCGCUUCCCGGCCUGGGCCCCAGGGAUGCGCUACCUAUUUAUUGGAGGGAGGGCGGGCGUCGCCGGGCACAGGAACCCAGGCAGCCCCCUGCCCACUCUGGGUGGCACCUGCGAGAUUCUCCGGCCCUCAGGUGGGGGGAAGGCCAGGUCCUGGAGGGGCUCCCAGCUGGGCUCAAAGCUUCUCCCUCCCCCGGGCCCCGGUCCCAGCCCUCUGGCCUCGGUUCCACGUGUGGACGGGAGCUGGUCUCAGGAGCUUUCUGGACGGAUUACAGCACGGGCCCUCACUGCAUCCAGCCUCCCUCCCUCCAGCUUCACAUAAACUGAGGCCAGGAAGUCGGGGCCAGGGGAGGACACAAGAUCAUGGGCCUGGAGCUAGGAGGAACCUCUGCUUCCCAGCUCUAACUCUCCUGCAGACGAGGAAGGGGCCGCUUGUCCAAAGUCCCCCAGCCUGCUCGGGGUGGCCCUUCCCCGCCUGUGGCCAUCCGUGGGCCUCUUCUCGCCCUGAGCCCCCGCUGGUGACCGGGGCCUCCUGGCCCCACCAAGGUGCCGACCUCCCUCUCCCCCCCGCAGGGUACUUGUGGUGCUAUGUUUCCCCCAAACUGCUCCUCUGGCAGGAGGGCCAUGGGUCCGACCGGGCGGGGAGUUGGCGAGCCCGUGCUCCUCACAUGCCCCGUCCGGUCCCUGGGCCCACAGGGGGAGGGCUGGCAGAGGGAAGCUCAUGGCCAGCACAAGCUGGGGGAUCGGCAAUAAAGGUCCCUCC